GCGGGUAGUGGGCUUGGAGAAGUUCCGAGGCGGCGGUGGCGCCGGCGAGGCGAAGGAUAGCGGAAGCGGGCCCUGGGCUUGUCGCUCACCAUGCCGACGGUAGAGGAGCUUUACCGCAACUAUGGCAUCCUGGCCGAUGCCACGGAGCAAGUGGGUCAGCAUAAAGAUGCCUACCAAGUGAUAUUGGAUGGUGUGAAAGGUGGUACUAAGGAGAAACGAUUAGCAGCUCAGUUUAUUCCAAAAUUCUUUCAGCGUUUUCCAGAAUUGGCUGAUUCUGCUAUCAAUGCACAGUUAGACCUCUGUGAAGAUGAAGAUGUAUCUAUUCGACGUCAAGCAAUUAAAGAACUGCCUCAAUUUGCCACUGGAGAAAAUCUUCCUCGAGUGGCAGAUACACUAACACAACUCUUACAGACAGAUGACUCUGCAGAAUUUAACCUAGUGAACAAUGCCCUGUUAAGUAUAUUUAAAAUGGAUGCAAAAGGGACUUUAGGUGGAUUGUUCAGCCAAAUACUUCAAGGAGAGGACAUUGUUAGGGAACGAGCAAUUAAAUUUCUUUCUACAAAACUUAAGACUUUACCAGAUGAAGUCUUAACAAAGGAAGUGGAAGAGCUUAUACUAACUGAAUCCAAAAAGGUCCUAGAAGAUGUGACUGGUGAAGAAUUUGUUCUAUUCAUGAAGAUACUGUCUGGGUUAAAAAGCUUACAGACAGUGAGUGGAAGACAGCAACUUGUAGAGUUGGUGGCUGAACAGGCUGACCUAGAACAAACCUUCAAUCCCUCGGAUCCUGACUGUGUGGACAGGCUCUUACAGUGCACUUGGCAGGCAGUACCCCUCUUCUCUAAAAAUGUCCAUUCCACGAGGUUUGUGAUGUAUUUCUGUGAGCAGGUUCUUCCUAACCUCAGUACCUUGACUACCCCAGUUGAAGGUCUCGAUAUACAGUUGGAGGUAUUGAAAUUGUUGGCAGAGAUGAGUUCAUUUUGUGGUGACAUGGAAAAACUAGAAACAAAUUUAAGGAAACUAUUUGAUAAGUUAUUGGAAUACAUGCCCCUCCCUCCAGAAGAAGCAGAAAAUGGAGAGAAUGCUGGUAAUGAAGAACCCAAGCUACAGUUCAGUUAUGUGGAAUGUUUGCUGUACAGUUUUCACCAGUUGGGCCGAAAACUUCCAGAUUUCUUAACAGCCAAACUGAAUGCAGAAAAACUCAAAGAUUUCAAAAUCAGGCUGCAGUACUUUGCACGGGGCCUGCAAGUUUAUAUCAGACAACUUCGUUUAGCUCUCCAGGGUAAAACCGGUGAGGCCUUAAAAACAGAAGAGAACAAGAUUAAAGUUGUUGCAUUGAAAAUAACAAACAAUAUCAAUGUUUUAAUUAAGGAUCUCUUCCACAUUCCUCCUUCUUAUAAGAGCACAGUAACACUAUCCUGGAAACCUGUACAAAAGGUUGAGAUUGGGCAGAAGAGAGCCAGUGAAGAUACAACUUCAGGUUCACCACCCAAGAAGUCUUCAGCAGGACCAAAAAGAGAUGCCAGGCAGAUUUAUAAUCCUCCCAGUGGGAAAUACAGCAGCAAUCUGAGCAGCUUUAAUUAUGAGCAGAGAGGAGCCUUCAGGGGAAGUAGAGGUGGCCGAGGUUGGGGCACACGAGGAAAUCGUAGUCGGGGAAGACUCUACUGAAUAAGACGUCAGCAUUCUUCAGCAUUGUCAUGAGCUUAAUAUACUUAAUUUCUACUACUUAUUGGAUUGCCGGGGAUGUCCCAUUAAACAGACUGCUGCCUUCAGCUAAAAACUUAAUGUUCUUUAUACCUUUGUAUGUAUGAUCUACUUUUGUAACAGACCAUGGUGGUGUCCAAGGUAAAACCACAGUGAUAUUUUUGGAUGCUUUGUCUGCAAUCUUGAGUUGUUUUUGCAGUAUCAUUAUUCAGACUUCAAAUUGUGAAUCUUUUAAACAUCUUGAUAAUUUGUUGAGAGCUAUUCAUUCUAAAAUGUAGUGAAAUUCAGUCUAGUUCUGCUGAUAAAGGUCAUCAGUUUUGAAAGGUUACUGAUUUUCCUCUUCCCUCUUAGUUUUUUGCCCAAUAUAUGGAAAAAGAGUAGUGGUCAAUCUUAACAUUUUGUUUUCAUUGUUUAAUAAAGCUGCUAGGCAGUGGUGCAGCAUUCCUACCUAGUGUCAUAAAAGCAAAAUACUUAUAUAGCUUUCUUAAAAAGUAGGAAUGACAUUACAUUUUUAGAAGAAAGUAAGUUGCUUUGCACUGCUUACUUAACUCUUUUCCAUAUAUUGUGAUACAAACUUCUGAAUAUGGAAUCUUACUAUUUGAGUAGAAAUGUGUAUGUAUAAUAUACAUACAUGCAUAAGCAUAU